GAUAAAGUUCGCUAGGAGCAUAGUGUCCGUCAAGAUGGCUGCUCACGUUUCAGGUAUUUUUCCCACAAGUAUUCAAAAUUCAAUAAAAUCCAGUAAAGUACUGGUCGUAGGUGCCGGAGGAAUUGGAUGUGAGCUAUUAAAGAACUUGGUUCUAUCUGGAUUUCAUGACAUUGAAGUGAUUGAUCUUGAUACAAUUGAUGUCAGCAACUUGAACCGGCAGUUUUUGUUCCACAAGCAACAUGUUGGUCGGAGUAAAUCUCAAGUUGCUAGAGAAUCGGCUCUGCAAUUCUGUCCACAAGCCAACAUUGUUGCUCACCAUGACAGUAUCAUGAGCCCUGACUACGGUGUAACUUUCUACCAGAAGUUCAGUGUGGUCAUGAAUGCUCUGGACAACAGAGCGGCUCGUAACCAUGUCAACAGAAUGUGCUUAGCUGCUGAUAUCACUUUGAUUGAGAGUGGAUCUGCUGGUUACCUGGGACAGGUUACGGUAAUCCGCAAAGGUUCAACAGAAUGCUACGAAUGCCAGCCUAAAGCUGCUGCUAAAACCUUCCCUGGCUGCACCAUUCGGAACACUCCCUCAGAACCCAUUCACUGCAUUGUCUGGGCUAAACAUCUUUUCAAUCAGCUCUUCGGUGAGGGAGAUCCUGAUGAAGACGUUUCUCCAGAUUCUGCAGACCCUGAAUUGCGGGACCAGACACAGGGUGAUAGCACUAGCCAGAAUGGAUCUUCAAGCCAAAGCACAGCCAAAGACUCCACCACCAACGGUAAUGGGAGCUUACCUGCUGCCAAUGCUGCUGGAAACGUUGAAAGAACUUCAACUAGAACUUGGGCUCAGAGCCACAACUAUGACCCCCAGAAACUGUUCAGUAAAUUGUUCCACGAUGAUAUCGUAUAUUUGUUGUCAAUGGACAAAUUAUGGAGCAAAAGACGCAAGCCAACUCCUCUUACUUGGGAGACCAUAAUGGCUCAGCAAAACGAAGAGAGUGAAGACAGCAGCGACGGUGUUAUUAAAGAUCAGGUGUUGUGGACGCUUCCUCAGUGCCUGCAGGUGCUAUCUACUGCAACUGCUGAGUGCAGUAAACGAUUCCAGGCGCUGCCUUCUGGUGAUCACCUGGUGUGGGACAAGGACGAUCAGAGUUCAAUGGACUUCGUGACUGCUUGUGCAAACAUCCGAGCUCAUGUCUUCGGCAUCCCUCAGAAAACGCGCUUUGAUGUGAAAUGUCACGACUCUCUGGACGAUGGCUCGGAGUUCCGAGUUGUGGCGGAUGCUGAGCAGCUCAAGAAGAUUCAAGACUCUGCCUCUGCGGAAACUCCUGCCGCCACCGCCGCUGAUGGCCAAGCAGGUGACAGCGAUGAAGAUAUCCAAAUGGUGGAGGCCGACGAGUCGUCUCCCUCUGCGAAGAAGAGGAAAACCUCCAACCAGGACAGCGAUCAGCCUCUUAAGAAACCGAGGACUCAACGCGAGGACGAUGACGUCGUCCUUCUGUAGAAGUGUUCUCUGAUGCCCAGAAUUGUUGAGCUGUGCUCGUCCUGAAACUUUUUUUUUGCGAUGCAGUAUUUGCGUUGCUUCAUCUAGUUCAACUUAUCCUAUGAUUUUUUUUUCUGAAGUGCACGUAUUGCUUUCCGUUUUCUUUGUUACCGCCAUCUGACAGUAAGCCUAGAUUUAUGGAACGAAUUUGAUUCACUGAUCGCAACUGUGAAUGAUUCUCUGUUCUAUGAGUGUAGCGAUGAAUACUCUAUGCUUUUCGUAAGCAUUUUGGUCAAAUUAAUCAAUCCAUUUUGCUACCGAGCUCUGAAUUAAUUGGCGGUAAUCUACACAUUUUCGUUCGUUGAACAGAUGACUUAGAACAGACGCAUAGAUGACUUCCACUAUUUCCAUGUUUGUGCGCAUUUACUAAGGACUUUGAGACCCGUUCGUCAUUGCUGUAAGUAAUACUAUCAAUGCUGCCAAUGGUUUUUGCGGUGUUCUGUUGGUUGAAUGGCUGGCUUCCUGUAGUACAAUUAACUGAUCUUUUCGUUACUACCAUUACUUGAGCAGCUGAAAUUACUUAGAGGCACAAAUUAGAUUCAUGAAUGUUGUUUAAUGUCUCAUUUUCACAGGAAGUAAUUAAUGGCGUUUC